AGGCUGGAGGACUUGAUAAUAGGCGAGUAAACUGUAAAUAGGCAGUUUAGUGCAAUAUAGAUGACAAAAACGUGAGUGUACUUUGUGUAUCUAUUGAAGUGAAAUAAAUGAAAGGAUGUCCAUAUUCCAAGAAAUAGCGUUUAAGGCGGAAUUAGACCGGCAUCUCGAUCCGGAGUGCGAAUACCAGGCGCGCAUAAUAUGCGAAGAGGACUCUACUACACGCGAUCGUGUCGUUCAAGAACUAAGGAAUAUGAUCUAUGAGCGAGGCGAGUGUCAUCCACCACGUAUGGAUGACGCAUUCUUGCUACGCUUCUUGCGCGCGCGUCUGUUCAUUCCAGCGCGAGCUCAUCGCCUAAUGGUGCGGUACUGUACAUUCCGGGAACAAAACCCUCACUUAUGGCGUGACGUGUACUGGUAUGGGCUUACAAGACUAGACAAUAUUUUUGAAGGCGUUUUGUUUGAUAGGCCGGAUGUGGGUAGACUUAUCAUAUGCAGAAUGGGAAAAUGGGAUCCAAACGAGUACCCUGUGGAAGACCUAAUCCGUGGUUGUCUUCUCCUCCUCGAGGUUGGCAUCAUGCAGCCUAAGCUUCAAGUAUUGGGAGGUACAGUCAUAGUGGACUGCGAAGGUAUUGGCAUGAAGCACGCUCGACAACUAACACCCUCUGUCGCUCUACAAGCUAUAAAUGUUAUGGGAUUCACUUUCCCGAUCUACCAGCGCGGAGUCCACAUAGUGAACUGUUCACGAUUGUUCGAGAAACUUUUCUAUGUGUUCAAAAGACUGGCGCCAUCGGACGAAAUGUGGCAGAGAGUACACUUUCACGGCUAUGAUUACAAUUCUUUGCACAGGUAUAUUGACCCGGAAUGUCUUCCAAAACGGUACGGUGGCUACCGUGAAACAGUUACAGUGAAAGAAUGGUUGACAAAAAUUAAAAAAUACAAGAACAAGGAGUUCGAUGAAGAUUUGAGGACAUUAGGAUAUGCUGUCGAUGAGUAAAAAGACUGAAGCAAUUGUGAUUUAUAUUAUACGUGACAUAUUGGUCCCACCACUAAGACUAGUGUCUGUCGAUCAAGUUCCACCACGCGGUGUUACUGUAAUCUGUAAGUUAAAUAUAUUUUGUUAUGUGAA